AUGUCGGAAGAUAACGAUGAUCCGUUUCUAGAUUCUAAGGUCGCACCGACCUCAGUCGAGCCCGAGACUAACAACUCUGAGUCUAGCAGCUCCGAGUCUGAUAGCUCCGAGUCUAGUACUGAAGAUCCAGACGCCUCUAAAUACGGGUUCAGUAAUGAAGACCCAGACGUCUCUAAACGUGAGGCUAGUAAUGAAGACCUAGACGCCUCUAAACGUAAGGCCAGUGAUGACGAAGACCUAGACGCCUCUAAUUAUCGGUCCGGUACUAAAGACCUAGACGCCUCUGAAAGUGAGGCUAGUGACCCUAACCGGCCGUCCAAGCGCCCUCGCCUUAGUACACCAUCGAAUCGGUCAUCUAUCUCCCAGAACGACGAGCCUCUACCGUCCGGCUAA